GCAUCGAUUUGAUGUACACCAGGAAAGAUAAGGCAAAGCACACACACACAUAUAUAGAUAGAUAGAUAGAUAGAGAUACAUACACCGUUGGUGGUGCACACUUCACAGCCGUCUUCGUGUGCGCAGAGGACGAAGUAGAACGUAGUCUUUAUUGUUAUUCUAUUCGUGGGGGUUUUUUUUGGGGGGGGUUCUCUCCUUCCAACGAACUCGGCGAUGUACCCUAGUGCGCGCCGCGAGGUGGCGAUGGCGCAAUACGGCUCCGACGAAGAUGAAGACCAGCAGCAGCAGCAGCAGCGUCGUGGAGAAGAAGAGGAGGUGGAAGACGACCGCUCCACCUCCUCCACCUCCGCCUCCACCAAGCCGUCCUUCCACGUCCUCACCACUCGACAACUCGAGCAGUGGGUGACACGCAAUAACCAAAUCGACGUUGGAAGUGCCGGCAACGUGGUGUGGAGCGUGAGCAGCGCCAAGCACGGCAACGGGGUGCGUCACCUGAUCCACUACCACGACCUCAACACCUUCUGGCAGUCGGACGGUGUCCUGCCGCACGUCAUUCGCAUUCGCCUGAGUCAGCUGACACCGGUGGAGGCGAUUGCCGUGUACGUGAACAGCGCCGUCGACCAGAGCUACUCGCCACGCGUCAUGAAGGUGAAAGCCGGCACCCACGAAGGCGACAUGACGGAGGUGGCGAAGGCGGACAUCGGGGUGGGGCAGGAGAACGGGUGGGUGCUGAUGGAGCUCAGCGAUCAAGUGGAAGACGGCAAGAAGGCGGACGCGACCCCGUCAGCGCAAGACAGGGAAAAGGACACGAAGAAGCCGCAACACCCGCGACAGGCGAGCGACGACGGCGAAACGGCGACGCAGCCGCUUCCGUACAGUGCGGUUGCGGCCGUGCUGGGCAAGGACACCGCCCCCGCCGCUGCUGCUGGUCCUGCGUCGCCGUUGGCUGCGGCGGGGCGGACCGUUGCGGAUCGCUGGCUGUGGUGCACGAUGAUGGACAUUUGCAUCUGUGAAAACCAGUUCAACGGUCGUGACUGCCACCUGCGCGGGAUCUGCCUCACCGGGCCGCGUUACGAGGAGCUGGAGAGGGGGCAACUGGAUGAGGAUGGGAUGGUGGGGACGAUGGGUGGUGGGGGGCUGCAGCGCACAGCCGCGGCGUCGGCGCGGUUCAUUUUGAGCGGGGUCCGUCAUGUAGAUCAACCGACGGAGGGAAACGGCCUUGACAGAGGAGGGGUGCCACCAGACUGGCCGCUGCGGUGA